UUUUUUAGCUACUGCGACCGUAGUUACUGCGCAUUUGGUGGCUCCUAUAGCGGCUAGCCAUCUUGUCUUUGUACCAACUGUGCAACUGUGAAGAGUCAACAACCAUCACAACAGUGGCACAACAUAGAGAUUUGGUUCAGCCGCUAACGUAGUAACGUCAAACGUGGUGUAUAAAAUAAUGUCAGGCAGUUUUUUUUAAUAUGUUACAACUCUAUUGACAAUUACUUAUCGUGAAAAAGAUUUGCACAGUCUUAAAUCCAUAUUAGACACGUGUACUUGGUUUUGUGAUCUCACAUUUUAUCUUAUAAAAUGAAUCAAGAAAUCAUUGACUCGUUAGAUUCGUUGAACACGGAAUCUUAUGACAUCAAAGAUAAGGAGAAUCCUGAACACCAUACAUUUGAUGAAGUGAUUGGACACAUUGAAGACCUUCUCAUGGAGGAAGAAUUUCAAUCCAUACAACAACAUUUUCUUGAUAAGUACUGGGGUAUGUUUGAGCCAAUUGAAGAAAAUAAAUUGGAGUACAUUGAUGUGUUCAAUGAUUAUAAUAAAGCUAUUGAAAGUUAUAUAGAUAGAAGCUUGAAAAAAGUAAUAUCAAAUUUUUCUAUGGAGGAUUUCAUAAAUGAACUAAAUGAAAGGCGGUCAGAACUAGAAGGAGAAGUUUUUGAAGUUCUUCUCACAUUCACUGAUUUCUUGGCAUUUAAAGAAUUAAUUCUGGAUUAUAGAGCUGUACAAGAAGGAAAAGUUGUAGAUUUAAGCAGUGGCAUGACAAUCAAAUCUUGUAAAUAAUUAAUGCAUAAAUUACCUAGUAGAUAUGUCAUUAUGUCUAUACUAUUCAUUACAUGUUCACACACUUAUCAAAGCAAUCUAUUCAUUAAUUGAGUCAUCAAAUCAAAACACUAAAUAAUAUUAAAUAAAGGUCACUAUAUUGUAAUAUUAGAUUUAUUUUAGUAGUAUUUUAAAGGUACUUUACAAAAAUAUCACAAAUCAGUAUAAAAAACAAAAUAAAAUAAUGAUUUGUAACUGAA